AUGGCCACGGCAGCCUCGCCGCCGGCGGCAGCCUCCGCUCGGGCGUCGGCGAUCCGCUCCCGCGCUGGCCGCCUCUCCCUCCCCGCGGCCCUCCCGGCGGACGGCCGUGGUGACACUGCCACCACCUACAAGGAGCUCGGCUUGUACUCCUGGAAAAGGAGGAUCGAAGAUGCGGUUAUCCGGGUGGAGUUGUCUGCAUCCAAUGCACUGGAGAGGGAGGAAGCACGGAGAAUCGAGCAUGAAGAAGUACUGCAAAGCCAUAACUUGUGGGACAAUCCGGCCAAGUCACACGAGACGCUCUCUGCCCUGUCUGAUGCCAUCAGAGCGGUUGAUCAUCUCAAAGACCUUCUAUAUAAGGCUGAAGAGGCUAAGCUGAUAAGUCAACUAGCAGGCAUGGAUGUCAUAAACGGAGAGCUAUUUAAGCAAGCAUAUGAUAUCUCUUUGGAUGCUAGUGAGUUUCUAGAUCGUUACCAGAUGUACGAGCUUCUUAAGGGUCCAUAUGACAAGGAAGGAGCUUGUAUCAUGGUCACUGCUGGAUCAGAGGGUGUCGCUUCAGAGCUAUGGGCAGAGAAGCUAUUUGACAUGUAUACAAGUUGGGCACAAAGGCAAGGUUGCAAAGAAGGACUGGUAGAGAAGAUCGCAUCAACAAGUGGUCAUACCCAGUUUGCAGCAAUGGAGAUUGAAUCAGAGUACAUGUUUGGUACCCUUUCUGGAGAAAAAGGAAUGCACAGAAUGAUCUACUCUUCCGUUGAAAAUUCUGGCACUGGCAAGGCGAUUUCAGCUAGAGUCGAUAUAAUUCCUCUCUUCUUGGAUAGACCGGUUAAUUUUCACUUGGAUAACAAUGAUCUGGAGAUUUCUCCGUUACCCAGUGAAUUUAAAAAUCGAGACCGAAGAAAUGGUGCCACUGUGAGAGUUCAGCACAUACCAAGCGGAGUUACUGCCGAAAGCUCAGGUGAAAGAAGCUAUUUCGCAAACAAGCUAAAAGCCGUGAGCAGGCUGAAAGCAAAGCUCCUCAUCAUAACAAGAGAACUAAGAGUACCAAACCCGAAGAUGAUCGAGAAACAAGCUGUGGAGGAAAGAUGCAACCGCGAGACGAGACGAUACACGUUCGGGCCCCAGGAAUUCGUCCAUGAUCUUAACACGGGCAUCCAGUUGUCCGACCUCAACUCGGUCCUGGAAGGCGACAUCGAACCGUUCAUCAGGGGUCGUAUUGUUUCAAGACAUGGAUGA